AUGCCUGGACUCAUCAACAAGGAGAAUUGUAGCGCUCUACCUCUCAGUGUCUCUGACAUCACUUCCUGUGUCAGGGGCUACACUCAGGCCAUGACCGCUUCCAUGGCAUAUGAAAAUUUUGAGGAUCAUGCCAUUGAAGGUAUCUUCAUCUAUCCUCUGGAGGAAAAAAACAUUGUUGUGGGCUUUGAGGCGUUGAUCUCCAGUCAGAUUAUCACACUGGAAAUCAAGGACAAAGCCAAGAUUGAUGACUGUUACCACAAUUCAUGCAGCACACCGAAUGGAGUCCCGCCUAGUGGCGUUGGACAUAUAUUUCUGGAUGAGGAUUUGGAGAGAACAGUCCUUGUAGUGAAUCUGGGGAUCAUUCCUCCUUUGGAAACAGUCCAAAUUCUGGUCAGUACCUCCUGUGAGCUCUCCACUCUGCCCAGCGGGGGCAUCAGUGUGACCACGCCACCAGUGUGCACCCCCCGCGUACAAAGGAGCAUCAACGAGGAGCAGGGAUUAUCCCCAAACUUCUCCAGAAUGCGGAACAAACUUCAGUGUGACUCUAGCCCACACGAUCAUGCUCUCACCUCAGCUCACUUUUGCUUGUCUGCUCUGCUGGAGGAUGAAGCCAUCAACUCCAUGGACUACCAGUUUAACUUCCAGCUGGAAAUACGAGCCCCUUAUCUCCUUGCAGGUGUGGAGAGCCCGUCUCACGCCAUCCGAGCCGACGCUGACCCUCUAGCCCGCUCAGCCACCAGUGUGGUCAUCACCCUGGCGGACAAGUACACUUACGACUGUCCUGUUAAGAUACUCAUCUACCCGAGCGAACCUCACAUGCCACAGGUGCUCAUAGAGAGUGGAGACAUGACGCAGGACGAGUAUGAUGAGUUCAUCCAUGGCCGCAGCGACUUCAUCAAAGCCACGAAGAAGGACUCCAGCAAUGAGAGGAAGGUCGAAGCCAUCCACAGGCGGCUGCACAAGGACAUCCUCCACAAUCCUGUUGUCAUGCUCAACUUCUGUCCCAACCUCAAGCCUGUCAGCUCCGACCUAAAGAAGGUGCACGGAGAGUUCAUCUUCCUCAUUGACCGUAGCGGCAGCAUGAGCGGUGUCAACAUCAACCGCGUAAAGGAUGCAAUGGUGGUGAUUCUCAAGAGUCUCCUACCAGGCUGCCUGUUCAACUUAAUAAGCUUUGGCUCCACCUUCAAAUCUCUUUUCUCCUGCAGUCAGAACUAUGAAGAGGAAGCACUCGCUCAGGCCUCCGAGUACGUUCGGAAGAUCCGAGCCGACAUGGGGGGUACAAACAUCCUGGCACCCCUCAAAUGGAUUCUGAGGCAGCCAAUGUUUCCUGGACACCCCCGUCUCCUUUUUCUGGUGACUGACGGGGCGGUGAGCAACACAGGAAAAGUGAUCGAGCUGGUGCGCAGUCACACGCGCUACAUCAGAUGCUUUACGUUCGGCAUCGGACAGAAUGUUUGCAGAAGGAUGGUGCUCGAACUAGCAGCAGUGUCCAGAGGAACAGCUGAGUUCCUGGCCGAAGGCGAGAGGCUCCAACCAAGUAUGAUAAAGUCUCUGAAGAAGACCAUGUGCCCGGUCCUCAGUGACAUUUCCAUUGAUUGGCUUUUUCCCGAGACCAAGGAAGUCCUGCUUUCACCGGUGGGCAACACCUUCCUGUAUCCUGGGGACAGUCUCAUUGGGUACGCCGUGGUUUGUGAUGCCACCCGCUACCACGCCGACCCCAAAUCUGAUAAAAGAAGACGAUACAGCAUGAUGCGCUCCGUCGGCUCUGGCAGCUCUGUCUUUUAUCCCUCCCAAGAGGAGGAUUUACUGAAGACCUCUGCUGAUGAACAAGCAUCCUACAGAGAAACACCCAGCGAGGCUCUCCAUGACUCCAACCAGGACUCUGUGAUGGAUGCCAUCUCUGUUGCUAUGGAACAUGACGGCGGGUUGGAGGGUCAGAUGUCGGCAAGAAGGCGAGCGUACAGCACCAACCAGAUAACCGAGCAUUUCCCGGCUAAGAAGUACACUUCCAGCGAUCCCAGCUCCAUCAUGCCGAAGAAUCCUCUUAGGCGAGCCAAAGUCCAGGAGCUGAUUGGCUACGUGAGCCCGGACCACGAGGCCCAGUGGAAGAGAGACUACCAGCCUCAGCUGGUCAGUCUGUGUGCCGCAUCCUCCGGAGAGCAUCCGGCAGGCAUACCCCUUCCACUCCAGAAUGACCCGCCAGGGGAAGUGGGCUCGGAAAUGUCGACAUCGACCCCAAUUCGCAACACUGCGGGAGAGGAUGGUUCUAGAUCGUCCACAGACAGCCAUUCUUCAGGAAGUGUGGGAGAUACAGAAGGAUAUAGCCACCAGCUGUGUCAGGCUGAAAUGCCACAAGAGAUCCGCAGCGCAGACGCAGGCUCGGCGGGCAAGCAGCGAGGAGAGUGCAAGGCAGUGGUAUCAGGACUGCUCUGCGGAAAGGCUGUGCAGUGGGAGGUCCUCUUUGACGUUGAGCCCUUCUUGAAGGGGCGGGAACGUGAGGAGAAGGUUCACGAGGAGCUGUGGAACGAGACCUUCCACCAUCUGGCUGCCCGCUCCAUCAUCCACGACUUUGAGCACAUGGCAGAAAGGGAAUGCGACAUUGAGCACGGCAUUGGCAGGAAGUACCAUGUUUACGCCAUUCACACCAGCAAAGCAUGCAACAUACUGAGCAAAUACACUGUGUUUGUUCCCGUGGACCUGGACACAAAUGAAUGUCUGCAGACGUGUAUUGAAUACAUCAACCCUGGUGAUGACUUAAAAAGAAGCUCACGCUCCAGUUCAGGAAGCAGGAAGAACCGCGCUUAUUGCGUUGGACUGGGCCACUCUCAGUCUGGCGGCGUGUCGGAGGAAGCGGAAGACGUGUUGCCGCCCAGCAGUGUAGAAGAUGGAAUUUCUCCAUGCAGCACUCUGUCCUCGUCCAGCUGGGAGAGAUGUAGCUUCACAGAAGGGACACAAAGGAAUCCGUCAGUGACCUCGGACCAGUCUCAGAAAUCUGUUGAGAGUCUUUUUUCUGCCAGGUUGGCGCUCAGCAGGACUCGUCUUCUGACAAAGGCUGCCAAAGGAUUCAUGAGCAGAUCCCAAAGCAAGUCGGGUGAUUCCAUGGGAGAGAGCGACAAUGAGAACAAGGAUUACAUUCCUCUGGUGUUGCUGCAGCUGGCGUGCGGCGCUUUCCCGCUUGACCCAGCCCUGUGUGACGCCAUCAACGUGCCCAUGGACAAGCUCAAGUGGACAUCCCCCUUUACGAGCCACCGCACCAGCCUGGGACACCUGUCCCACUCGAGCAGCCGGCGUCCAGAGAGCGCCGAAAAUGAUUCGGGACCAUCAUGUGACCCACAAACAUGUCCGAAACAUCCCCUGCCAUCCGCCAGAUACCAGGUGGACGGCGGGUCAGGCGCUCCGGAGACGAGCGCUCGUAGCGAUGCACAAAGGAGGAUCCUGGACCCGGAGAGCCUGGUGUGGGCAACGGCGGUAGCCCUGGCCUGGCUGGAGCACAGCUCUGCCAGCUACUUCAUCGAGUGGGAGCUGGUGGCCGCCAAGGCCAGCUUGUGGCUCAGCGGCCAGGACAUCCCGGAAGGCCGGGAUGUCGCGUCGGUCAAGGCGGCCGCCAACCAGCUCUUCAUCAUCCUCAGACACUGGGACGACAACCUGCAGUUGAACAUGCUCUGCUAUAACCCCAACAGUGUGUGAUGCUAAUGUGUGUGACCUGCCCACGCUUGUCUCUCUGGAGUCUGUCAGUGUUGUGAGCAAUGUGCAUGCUCUUUGGUGUGCAUGUGUCCUUCAAACAUAUCAGAGUCAGUACGUUUACAUGUGCAGUAUAUCUCCACUAAGACAUUUAAAUCAACUGCUUGCCUCCUAUAAAGUACAUAUGCAGAAUGCGCAGAAAAUUACUGUCCAAAGUAUGCCAGCUACCAUCGGUAGCGCUUUGCCUUCUAAUUAUACUCUACUCUACCUACUGGCCCUCUUAUUAAGCCACAGACCACCCUAAAAUAUUUAUCCCUGUGCAUUCCAUCAGUGUGUUGUACACCUGUGCUACAAAUGACCUGCAUACUUGGGUACAUUUACACAACAUUUAUUCUUUCAAGUUUCAACAAGAGACUCACUAAUGGUGGCGAGGUAUAAUUGUCUGACUUCAGUACAGGCAGUGUAGUUAGGUGAUGGUGUGAAUGUGAGUGAGUGGUUGUCUGUCUCUAUAUGUGCCGUGCAACUGACUGGCCACCAGCCCAGGGUGUUGUCGGCCUUUCGCUUGGAGUCAGCUAGGCUAGGUACGAGCUCCCCGUGAUCCUGAAGAGGAUAAGCGAUAUAGAAAAUGGAUGGAUGGAAGAUUUACAUUCGCAAUGUAAUAUGCAUGCCAGACAAGUAGUUGCUGAUGUCCCUUUGAGAAGAAACACGACAUGCAUGAUAACCAACUGAUUGUUUUCCUAAAAAAUAUUUUGUUGUCUGGAGGUAAUGUGAGUCACUUGUACACAUUAGUGGUGUAGUAAAUGUGCACUUGGAUGGAGACGUGUAAAUGCAACAGCGUUGUUGUCAACCAUUGUUGUUAUACUUGUAAACUACCUGAGUGUUAACACUUGCGCAUAUGCAUAUUCUCAUCCCAUGUUUUAAAAGUUUGCGUUUUCGGGAUCUAAAGUGCACAAUCGGGCAAAGCAACAACGCAACUCCAAAAUCUGUUUUCAGCUCAAAACUGGUUUAGAUAAUCCUCCGUGCGCAUUAGCUCGGUUUGGUACAAUUUCAGUCAUGCGCACAUGCGGUAUAAAAGUCCAGUUUAAUAAAUAAUUCAAUUAGCGCCAUGUAAACAUACUGGCCCUUCUUCAUGAAGCGGAAAUCAGUGUUAGGUUUGUAUACUUUUUUAACACACAUUGUCUCGUACUUAAGAACAUUUUGCCAAGUUAUUUAGUGUUUUAUGUUAACCAUUCUAUAAAAGGCAUUUACACAUUACAACCUUACGAACAAUUAUGAGCUAAAUGUUAACAAUUACUCAUGUAGCAGAACAAGCCAAGUCAAAGAACAAACUUUAUUGUUAGCAGCUAUUUACUUGCAAAUGGCAAAGUAAAAAAAAUGGCAGUUAAAGUUAUUAUUUCUGCUGAUUUUUGUAUAUUUUUUUUUCAACUCGGGAACAAUAUUUUAAUCUAUAUUCUAGUAUUGUAACUAGAAUGGCACAUGAUAGAAAUCCUGGAGCUACUCCGUCUAGGAAUAAUAAAAAUGAUCUUCAAUCUGUAUUUUUUUUUAGAAUCCCACUAAUGAACCAAUGAGCUAUCCUGCUAACUAGAUAACUAACAAACUAACUACAGUAACUGACAGAAUGAGAAUUAUCAUUCAUAAUUAUAUGAAUAGCAACAAAAUAUCCUAUACAACUCAAAAUUCAAAUGUAAAAAUAUUUUGGUCUAAAUUACAUUCUUGUCAAUUGAAUAUUUCUCACAAUGAUGCCAAAAAGGGAAAAUAAAUUAUGAAAUGAAAAUGUCUUGAGUUUUGAAUUGAUUAGAUUAUAGUUUACUAAAUAUUUUACUUUACUAGUGGCCCAAAAAUCACUGUUAACUGAAUAUGUUGUGUGGAACCUAAAUAGAGUUAAACAUAUUUGCAGCAGUCAUUUAUCAAUAUGCCAUUUUACCACAAGUGCCUAUAUUAAAAAUACAGUAUGAUUAAGUCAUUUGUUUAGUUUCACAUUUUUGAUUCCUCUAGCGUACUCUGUGGUGUCUUUCCACUAUUAAUUUUGUUCCCUUUGCGUCAGUGUUGCUUUACUCAGGUACCUAUUCACCUUGUCUAUGGCUGAUUGCGCCACUUUCCUUGCAUGAGCGACGAUCUUGUGUCACCCUAAUGAUGUUAAAAUAAGAAGUGUUUUAUGACAAGUCUUGCACAGUGUUACUACUGCGUCAUGUAGUCCUAUUUCUUUUGUGUUGUAGUUGCAGUAACGUAUGCCGCUGUGAUAGUGCCAAGGUAUAAUUUUAAGUGAACUUGCUAUGUGUGCCUUUAAAAAUGAAUGUUGACAGUUGUACUGAUGCUCAGACUAACUCUACAGGUGCAUGUAAUAAAAUCAUUCACAAAUAAAUAUUUGUACCUACCUACUGCACAUACUGGCAAUUAUUGGCCAUGUUUGGUGGACACUCAGUCGAUUAUACUCAGAUUUACUUUCCCUAUUAUCAAAACAAAAAUUAUGUAAACUGUCCUGCCAUCGCAAUGGCAAUUUG